AUGGGCGACUGGAGCUUUCUGGGGCGGCUGUUGGAGAACGCUCAGGAGCACUCGACGGUCAUCGGCAAAGUCUGGCUGACUGUCCUCUUCAUCUUCAGGAUCCUGGUGCUGGGGGCCGCGGCCGAAGAAGUCUGGGGCGAUGAGCAGUCUGACUUCACCUGCAACACCCAGCAGCCCGGUUGCGAGAACGUCUGCUAUGACGAGGCCUUCCCCAUCUCGCACAUCCGCUUCUGGGUGCUGCAGAUCAUCUUUGUAUCCACGCCGACUCUCAUCUACCUGGGCCAUGUGCUGCACAUCGUCCGCAUGGAGGAAAAGCGGAAAGAGAAGGAGGAGGAGAUGCGCAAAGCAAAUAGGUUCCAAGAGGAGAAAGAACUCCUUUAUAGAAAUGGUGGAGAUGCUAGUGGAGGAGGCGGAGGCGGCAAGAAGGAGAAGCCGCCUAUCAGGGACGAGCAUGGCAAAAUCCGUAUCAGAGGUGCAUUGCUGCGUACCUAUGUGUUCAACAUUAUUUUCAAGACCCUGUUUGAAGUGGGAUUCAUUUUGGGCCAGUAUUUCCUCUAUGGCUUCCGGCUGAGGCCCCUGUACAAGUGUGCACGUUGGCCCUGCCCCAACACUGUGGACUGCUUCCUUUCGCGGCCCACUGAAAAGACUAUUUUUAUUAUAUUUAUGCUUGUGGUGGCUUGCGUGUCUCUUUUGCUGAAUUUGUUAGAGAUCUAUCACCUUGGAUGGAAGAAAGUUAAACAGGGCAUGAAAAAUGAGUUCGCCCCUGACCAUGAGUCGCUGCGCCGUGCCAACAUCGCACAGCCUGAGUGUUUGGCCUCGGCCUCCAGAACUGCCCCCUCCACCCUCAGCUAUCCUCCCAACUACACAGAUGUGACGGCGGGCAGUGGGGCAUUCCUGCCGCCCCUGGGGCCGGCAGCCGUUCCCUCAGCGGCGGAGUUUAAGAUGGACGACCUCCAGCAGGAGGGGUCCCUCCGCCAACCCUCCCCUUCUUCCCACUACUACAUCAGCAACAACAACAACCACAGGCUGGCCACGCAGCAGAACUGGGCCAACCUGGCCACCGAGCAGCAGACUCGGGAGAUGAAGGCCACCUCCCCCUCCCCCUCCUCCUCUUCCGCCGCCAGCAGCGACAACGAGCAGCAGCAGCAGCCCGUCGAUGCGUCGCUGCUCCUUUCCAACAGCAAUACCAACAGUAACACCAACACGACUGCCGCUGCCGCCUCCAGCAGCAGCAGCAGCGGCCCAGGCUCCAACGCAGGCAGCUGGGGUGGGGGGAAGAGCGAGCAGGAGGAUGGCCACGUCACCACCACCACAGUGGAGAUGCAUGAGCCUCCAAUAAUGGUCAACACAGACCCUCGGCGGCUCAGUCGGGCCAGCAAGAGCAGCAGCAUCAGGGCCAGGCCGAAUGACCUGGCUGUCUAA